CACCCCCCACCCCCCCUGGCGCAACAGCUCUCAUCUGCAGGAUGGGAGCGCCGUGGGGCGAGAUCUCGCAGGGGGGUACUAUGUGGAUGGGGGGGGAGUGAAGCAGACGGGGCUGACUGCAUUCGCUAUGAGCAUGCUGGCUUGGAGCAUUGUCGAGUUCGAUCCCGAGCUCGAGUCAUCUGGGUUGAAGCAGCGGGCAGUGGACCUACUCAAAUGGGGAGUGGAUUGGUUGCUCAUGGCGGAUUUGGGCCGGGGCUGUGUCGUGGCGCAAGUGGGUGACUCUGCCGCCCAGGACUCGUGCUGGCAGCGGCCAGAAGACGACUCUGCCGCCCGGCCGGUGUACACGGUGGUGGGCGCGAACGGGCCGGGGGCGGCGGUUCUGGCUGACAUGUCGGCUGCCUUUGCUGCAGCCUCGCAUGUGUUCGGCGAGUUUGACCCCGGAUACGCCGCCUCGCUGAGGGACCACGCUACCAUGCUCUUUGAACUCGCCACCACCGCCACCUCCACCGAUGACACGGCCCUACCAGGAACUCUCCCCUACGAGCCACCCCCAUCCUCCUCGCCUGACUUUCACGAUGAGCUGCUGUGGGCGGCUGCUUGGCUGUGGCGCACUACCAUGUCCGACCCCCUGCAUCAAUACCUGCUCAAACCCCAGCAUGCAUCAUUGUCCUACUCGCUCAACUUCACUCACGCCAACAAGGCAGCGGGGGCAGCGGUGCUGCUGGCGACGUUCGUUUUGGGACCCAUGGAGGAGGAGGACGAGGCCACCACACAGGCAUCUGGGGCUGACGUCAUCUUCAGAUUCCAGAAGCUCAUGGAAGCUUCCAUCUGUGCUUCCACAGCUGACGUGCCAUCCAGGACCAGUGCUGAGACUCUAGCCCAGAACAUGCCCAAAACGCAAGGAGGGCUGCUAUGGCUGGACGAGAAUGAGCCGCUGCAUGCAGCAGUGCAGGCAGCCUUUCUUCUCAACACUUACUCUCGCUUCCUCAAGCAAGGCGCAGAGGACGAGGGGCGGUGCUCUGGCGUGUCACCACAUGCCGUGUCAACACUCUCUCGCUCCCAGAUUGACUAUCUUCUAGGGUCUAAUCCGCAACAACUCAGCUACAUGGUGGGCUUUGAUGAGAAAUACCCCAAGUUUGUUCGCCAUCGAGGAGCGUCGAUUCCAUCCCUGGCAUCCGAUCCAACGGAGCGGUGGUAG